CAUGUGCAUAACGCCAUGCCCCUUCUCUCUGUUUAUUUCCUCCGUGGGAGUCGGCGAUCAAGUCCAACUCUCUCUGUCUCUCUCACAUGGCGCGUCCAUGGAUUUCGAUUUGGACUUCCCAACUACACGCCCUAUUUAAUGGCGUCUUCCUCUCCAUCUCUCUUCCCUGAGUUCCCCCUCUCUCUGCGCUUGCACUUCGCUUCCUUCUCCUCCUCCUUUUCCGUCGGCGUCAUUUUCUCGGGAAAAAGAAAAAUAUCGGUGAUUGAUUGGGAGAGAGAAAAAGUAUCUAGACGCCACCUCCUAUCCUCUUACGUGGUGUCAUCGCAUUCGGCACUCUCCCACCAUAAAAGUAAAGUGUAAAAGGGAAGAGGGUCGCACUCAAAUUGACCGUGCUCGAGCUGCUGCUCACCAAUUUCGCUUCUUGACUCCCUUUCCUGAGAGAGAUGAGUAACCCAAAAAUUUCUCUGAGCUCUCUUUUCCUGGGUCUUUGACCCCCGAACACGCUUCGCAUUUAAAGCGCUCUCUAUCUCCCUCUGUCUAACUUCCAACUGUUUUAGCCUCUGCCUAAUUCCACCUCCCUUCUCUAGAAACCCUUUAUCUGUCUCGCUUUAGUACACCAGUUUUGAUUCUCUUCUGGGGUCAUUGAUUCAUUUUGAAGCUCGCCCAUGGACGUCGAAUCUGGACCGAAGCCCGCGAAGUCGCGGCCACCGCCCGAACGAAGCCACAGAUGCAGGAACAUCUGCAUUUCGCUGGUGGCGAUCCUCGUCCUCAUUGUGGUGCUGAUCGUGAUCCUGGCCUUCACCGUGUUCAAGGCGAAGCACCCCGUGACCACCGUGAACUCUGUAAAGCUCAAGAACCUGCAGGUGUCGCUGAGCGUCGCCCCCCUCGGGCUUAACCUGAACGUUACCCUAGACGUCGACCUCUCCAUCAAGAACCCCAACAAGGUCGGCUUCAAGUACAAGAACAGCACCGCUCUGUUGAACUACAGGGGGGAGCUCGUCGGGGAGGUCCCUAUCCCCGCGGGCGAGAUAUCGGCCGACCGGACGAAGCAGAUGAACGUGUCGCUCACCGUGCUGGCGAACCGGUUGCUGUCGAACUCGCAGGCGUACACGGACUUCUUGUCCGGGGUCUUGACGCUCAACACGUACACGAAGAUGUCUGGUAAGGUGACGAUCAUGGGAUUGUUUAAGGUCCAUGUGGUUUCCACGACUUCCUGCGAUUUGAGUGUGUUUGUGUCCAAUAGAACUGUGGGGGAUCAACAUUGUAGGUAUAAGACCCAGCUGUAGUUGAUUGAUGUCUAUGUUGGCUGCUUCUAGGAUUUUAUGGUGCACACGGGUCACUGUUUCUUCGGCCUCUUUACACUCUUUUCGGGUGGAUAUUUGUUGGGAUAAAUAAGUUAUGAGUUCAUAGUUGAGAAUGGUAUAGAGAUUUUGUGCAGAUUCUAGAUUGGAAUUAGUUGUUGUUUUGGAAUCCAUGUCUCACUUGCCUCCGAGUGUAUCAAUGUCAUACAUGUUGUUUUGGCAUUA